AUGCUCCUCGCGGCCGCCCUGCUCGCCUUCGCCCUGCGCCGGGCGGCGGGGCUGGACCUGGGCUUAUCCACCAAGUGCGUCGCCAUCCCCACGGACAUGGCCAUGUGUCACGACAUCGGCUACUCGGAGAUGAGGCUCCCCAACCUUCUGGGCCACGUCGGUUUGCCCGAGGUCGUGGGGAAAGCCGCCGCGUGGCAGCGCCUCGUCAGCACCGGCUGCCACCCGCACGCGCGGAUCUUCCUCUGCUCGCUCUUCGCACCAGUGUGCUUGGACACCUUCAUCCAGCCUUGCAGAAGCAUGUGCGUUGCGGUCCGCGGCAGCUGCGCUCCCGUCUUGCAAUGCCAAGGACGCCCCUGGCCCGGCAGUUUGGACUGCAAUCGGUUCCCUGCGGAUGAGGAUACGUGUCUUGCAUCCCUCGGCAAAGAAGCUUUGCGUGGUCUCGGAGCCUUUCCGAAGCCUAUCUGCCAGACUUGCCCAGCCGUUGAUGAGCUCUUGACGCGCAAGAAAGUGCUAGACAUUUUUUGUAUCGGCAAUUUUGCCGCAAAGGUGAAACUAUCUAGGAAACGACCUGCAUUUGGAGCUCAAGAAUAUAACAUUGACUGUCAGGUGGAAUUCAUUAACCAGGGUUCGCUCUUGCCUUUCGACGCUCGCAGUGCGAUUAUGCAGUGGUUUCUGAUCAAUGAAAACUGUACUCAGCAACUGGUCCAUGCCCACCGUCCCAAGGUGUAUCUCAUUGUGGGGACCACCGAGGAAAUGAGCAUCGUAGUCAACCAGGUGUAUCACUGGCAGAAGUGGGAUUACAGGCUGACCCUGGCAACACAGAAACUGAGGCAUCGCAAAUGUGCGUAA